UACGAGACCAAAAUCACAAAAAAAUCCAAAGGGUCCGUAAGGACCAAAAGAGCGAAAAAUUGAGAAAUUUGUUGGCUUCGUUUCGAAAAUCGAAACCAAACCAGCCUUGAUCUGGAUUCCCGAGGGCGUGAGAGCCUCAGGUUGUAGCAGGAAUUUCUCGAGUGGAAGUACAAGACCCAAUUUUGAUUUUCAAGUUAUAUGGUUGCCUCCCGAGCGUAAACCCUUUCGUAUUUCUGGUUUUUGAGGAUUGGGGAUGGAUUAUCAAUGAUUUGGGAAGAUACAAUGGUUGAGUUCUGGACCAUCGAAAGGAAGGAGAUUUAGGUUUAGAAAUUCCUUUUCUGAACUUGGUUUCUCUCAGAUAUGGUUGAGCUUUGUUUGAUGGCCUAUUCUACUUCACCUUCUGGGCUUUUUCACAAAGAGCAGGGCCUCUGCAGGGUACAAAAGGAGUUCCAACCUUUUAUGCCAAUUCCUGGAACAAGACAACAGAUGAUAAGCUCUAGUUGCUUUCAUAUAAGACCACUUCAACUUGAGGAUCCAUGGAAAUCCACAGCCCGAUUAUCAGAGCAAAUAAAGCUUGAUUCAACCAUAAAGAGGCCUGAGCUUGUUGAUAUACAAGAAACUCGCCCUGACUUGGUGCUCUUGAGCUCUGGGAUUGCUGAACAGUGCAGAAGGCAUGAAAAUAUUUUGCAUUUCCUCAUGUCUCAAUCAAGUGAAAAAGUUAGAGAUGUCCUAGACAUUUCUCUUGUAUCUGAUUUGGGGCUACAAAUGCUGGCAAUAGACACGCAUCCACAGCCAUAUGCUUCCCCUGAUGAUGGAUUUCGUCUUUAUGAGGUUGAGGGCGAUGAUGCUCAGCUACCCUUUAUCUACCCAAAUGGGGACUCAGCUCAGAAACCGCUUCUGGAUUUUGUUGGGGAUUUGGCCCGUGGUUCAAAAGUCACAGUUCAACCAGAUGGCCGAGUCUUGUUGGCGGGUACUGUAGUUGAGAUGAAAGAUCUACUUUCAGUUGUCGCGGAGUUUUACUUGUCAAAGAAUACAACUAAAUGCAGAAGGCAGCAUAUGCUGGUACCACACUUUACCAGGGUGGAUAGGACUGAUGCACCUAGUAUCCAUGGAAAUAUUCAGGAGUUGGAUACUCUAACCAUUGCUCCUCUGAAGAGUAUUCCCAGCCCUGAAAAAAAUAAGCAAAAGUCAUCACCAAGGAAGAGGCACAAUAAGAAAUCGGGGAGAGGAAGGGAUCUCUACAGGAAGAACUACCUCCAUGCUUGUGAAAUCCUUCUGACAUUAAUUCUGGAGAAGAGACGGGGGAAGAAUGUGAUCCUCUCACUCAAGAAAUCGGGGCCUGAACUCGCAGAACUUCUAAAUCAGUUCUCAGCUGGAAUUGCUGGAACUGGUCUUGCUGUUAUCUUCUCAGUCGUCUGUAAGGUAGUAGGUGGGAGGGCUACCUUCUGUGCAUCGAAGCUCUUGAAUUCUGGAAUUGGAUUUGGUCUAGUUUGGCUCUCAUGGUCAGUGAAUAGAUUGAGGGACACAAUCAUCCAUAUCAGCAAGAAUUCUAGCAAGUUGGGCUCAAAAGAGGAUCAGAUGAUGAGGAGAGUGGACAGAAGCAUGAAUGAGAUUUUCUUCAGGGCGGCAACUAUUAUGGCAGUGACAGUACUGAGGUUUGCAUGAACUAAGUAUGAGAAUGAUAUGGAAAGGUUUAUUCAGUCACUCAUAUUGUGUGGAAACUUGAGAUGGGACUAGCUGACAAGCUUAAUGUUGUGGCAGUAAUGUUGCAGAAAGCUUUUGGGCUAGUUGCCCAAGUGUAAUGUUGUAGCAGUUGACAUGGUUAGUGACUACUGGGAGGUUAGUGUGCCUUCACUGCAGAGAUAUUUGGGGCUUGCUGAUCAAGCUUCAUAUUGUGGGAAUAAUUUCUUAGACGGUAAUAUAGUCUUAAGUUGAAAGAGCUUUGUAUAAAAUAUAAUAAAGCUUUAUAUGUUUCAAGUAAAGCAAAAUUUUGACAGGCAUCUUGACAUUUUGUUGAUCCUUGGGAGAGACAAAAAUAUUGUUUCAGUGCAAAGAGUUUUGUUGUUGCUUGCUGGUAACUGGAUUUGUGUAUAGUUAAACUAGUUUAUUAAUUGGAUUGAUCUGCAUUGCUCACA